AUGCAAACUAUAAAGUGUGUGGUGGUGGGUGACGGUGCAGUGGGAAAGACAUGCCUGCUCAUCUCAUACACGACGAACAAGUUUCCCUCUGAAUACGUUCCUACGGUGUUCGACAACUAUGCCGUGACGGUGAUGAUCGGUGGAGAGCCGUACACUCUGGGACUGUUUGACACUGCAGGUCAGGAGGAUUACGACAGACUGCGACCCCUCAGCUACCCUCAGACUGACGUCUUCCUCGUUUGUUUCUCUGUUGUAUCACCUUCAUCUUUCGAGAACGUCAGAGAGAAGUGGGUGCCAGAGAUUUCACACCACUGCCCACGGACGCCCUUCCUGCUGGUGGGGACUCAGGUGGAUCUCAGAGACGACAGCAACACCCUGGAGAAGUUGGCCAAGAACAAACAGCGAGCCCUGAGCUGUGAGAGCGGAGAAAAACUGGCUCGUGAGCUGAAGGCCGUCAAAUACGUGGAGUGUUCGGCUCUGACGCAGAGGGGACUGAAGAACGUGUUUGACGAGGCCAUCCUGGCAGCUCUGGAGCCUCCGGACACCAAACCCAAAAAGCGCUGCGUUCUGUUGUAGACGCCACGACAAGAAGAAGAAGAGGAUAGGAGAAGGUGGAGGUGGACCAGGAGGAGAUUAUUAACCCAGAUGGGAACUGAGGGGGGGAGGGUAGACGCAUUUAAACAGUGCCUUCAGCCAUAGUGACUUAACGUGGGUGUGGUGUUAGAACGGAUAGGCGCUUUGUUUUCAUCACCGUAACAUGACUAACAUGUUUGAGCAACACUCUUCGCUAACCUGGAAACAGGGUUUUAAUAAUCGCAGGAAGCAGAUUGAGCAAUAGUAGUUUAAACCUCAGAUGCCUUGAAGAUACAAACAAUGGAUGGAGUCACGUUUGCAGCUGAAACUUAACAAAAACUUUUAAAAUCAUUAAAAAAAUCUACAAGGAACUGUAUAACAUAUCUGAAAUAAAUGUUGGGAACAAUGUGUUGGGUCAGUAAACUGCUGCUUUAUAUUUGUGACACUUGUGUUAGUGAUUGAUCUGCUGUUGAUUUCAUAGUCUUGAAAUAAUUUGUAAUCAUAGUUUGAACAGCUGUGGUGUACAGUAGCAGUGACGGGCGCUACACUGUUGAUCUCAACAAUAGCUUUUUUAAUUUGUUAACUUUUCCACGUUAAAACAAAAAAACUUUGAGCAGUAUUUUUCCCUUUUCUUUUGUUAACAUAAAGAUUAACUCUGUUUACAGAUUUUGAAUUUUUAUUUUUAACCUUUUAAACCAAAAAAUCGUAUGCAGUUGUGCAGGCUUUGUGGAUUUGUGUAAGACAUAAGAGAGACACGUGGCACUCGUAGAUUUUCAGCUGAGGACUCUCUAAAUACAACAAAUAAUAACCUACAGGAGAAAAAAGCCUAUUUCAAGUCAAACCUGUAGAGCUGCUUUGAUUAGAUUUGACUGUUGCUUCUGUAAGUGCAGUUUUGAUGUCCUGGUCAGCGGUGAAGUUAAAAGUAUUUAAGGCAGUGCUUUAAAAUAAUUGUCCAGAGGUGUUUCAGCGUAGCUGCUGAGUGGCUGUGUUUGCUUCUAGAAAGCCUUUGUUGACAUUCUGAUCCUGUGGCGAAAAAUCCUGUGAAACUUGAGGUAAAGGAGCUAGUUUGCUCUUAAUGUAUCCACAAUACAAUUCAAGCAAGUCCUUUUGAAGAAAGCAGGACAUCUUUCCAAGCAGCUGUAGUUUGAUCCCAACACAAGGUCAGAUAAAUCCUAAAGUAGAUAAACCCAUCCACCUCUGCUUAAACUGUAGAUUUAAAUGUAAUCAAAAGUGUUGAUCAUAAGAAAGUCAACAUUAGUGCUGUUUUAUUCGGUCACUGGUUUCAAAAAGAGCAUCAACAAACAUUUUCAGCACUCUAUCAUCUAGCCGACACCUUCGGGCAGUAAAAAAACCCUCCUAGCUGUUUCCUCCAAACACUGAAAGAAUGAGCGUUUAACCCAACAUGCUGGAGUGAACUCACGCCUGCAAACCGACCAGGGGAUUCAAACAAGGAACCUUCCUGCUGUGAGGCAACGCUGCUAACCUGCUAGCCUUCAGUUUAGGAUUGUUUGAGAGCCGCGUCUCCUCCUUAUAACGCCUCUGCGUGCUGUAGGUGCGAGUUCUGUAACUUGACUUCAUCCGUGUCAAAAAGAAUAACUGAGACUAAACAUUUACUAACUGGGCAGAAGCUGCACGUUACAGGACAACACAUGCAUUGGUGUGCACAGUAGCUAACAGUGCCUCAAUCUGUAGCUGAGAGAAGUUAGAAACUCGAUGUUCUCAUGUGGAUGCAUUGCUUUCCAAAGUAACAAAAAUAAUAUUCAGACUCUUUAAGUCUUGAAUUGUCUGAGAUUUCUCAAGUUCCACCUGGUAACAGGACAAAUGUGGGAUAUUCACAUAUUCAGUUUUCACCUGACCACAGAAACGGGAAUGUUUUGCAAGAAUUUGCAUGCAACUGCACACAACAUUAUAUAACUCCUAACAAUAACUUUUAACUGUAAACAUUAGUAGAGAUAUUGAAAAAGAUUGGGCGAAAUGUUCCUUUAGAACGAGUCACUGUGUGAAAACUGUGAGACGCGCCUUUUUUAAGUUUCUUAAAUGUUUUCCACCUUAUUAAACUGUUAAAGUCGACACAGACAAACGGCCCACGUGUGACCUCCUCUUGUUUUGUCCACUCCUGCUUCGCUGCUCCAGGCUAGAACCCGAGGUGGUUCUCUGGUGGCUCGUUGGCUCCUCCUGGAGGCCUUAAAGGGGAUUAGGCUGGUUUAAAGGAUUCUGUGUGUCAUUUCAUUGGCUAAAAUCAGACUGAUCAGUGUUUGAGAAGUUAAAGUUGAGUCUUUUAAAGACAUCAGUUCUACCUUCAUUCAUCUUCUAGCGGCUUCACAGUUUUUAUAUUUCAUUUUAAUGUUACUACCUUUAAAUAAGGAAGUGCUGCGCUGACCUUUAGAAAAAACCCUCCUCAGUGACUGAAUUCUCCCAGUCAUUUAUUGAAACCUGCUGCUCUGACAGCAAACUUGGACUGAAAGAGUCGGUGCUGCUUGUUUUUAUUCAUCUUUCAUAAAGUUAGUUAAAGCUACAAUCAACAAACCUCUGAUCUGAGGAUGGUUUAAGGCGGUAUGACUGGUGAGAUGUUAAAGUUCUCUGACACUGAUCAGGAGUCAGUAACACAUUUGAAACCUUUAAACUGAAAUCAUUUCCCAUUCAAAUGAACUGAAAUUCCACUUUCCCUCCUCUGUUUCUUUUCUAUGGUUGAUGAUGGUUUAUUCUGAUUAUGUAUGGAUGAUUAUAAGUAUUAUAUAGAUUUUUUUUCUUUAUUGUUUCCUGGUGAUUUUUUUUUUAACUUGGUGUUUCUGGGAUUUUAAUUCCUUUUCUCUUUAGACGUUUUUACUGACACUUGACGGUUGAGUGCCAACAGCUGGUUCGAGUAUUGCUGGCCGGGUUGAAACUAAGUGAUAACAAGCUUCUAAUGGCAGGAGAGAAACAUGAGAGCCGAAGCAAGAAUUAAAGAUGUUUUAAAAGAUGAAUGUUGGAAGUGGUGGGUGUUUGGAAAUAAUAAAACCAGUACUUGAA